GGCUAACUAAAAUAAAGAAAUAUUGAAUGGAGGACUCUGGGUCAGAACCUUUUUUACGAUCUCCGCCACGAUCAAAUACAUCCACACCACUGAGAAGAGUACCAGCUAUUGGAUAUGGAUCACCUCUACUAAAUGUGCCUGGUGAAGAAAUACUCAAUGCAUCUUUUAUGAGUUCAACUGGUAGCACUGUAAGAGUCGAGAUUACAGACGCAGAAGAAGGUGUGCACCCAUCCACUGCAGCUGCCUUGAGAUGCUGUAAACAACAAGUACUCAGACCAUAUUGGAGAUUACUCUGUUUGAUUGGUUGGAGAGCUUUUGGCAGAGAGGCAAUAUAUUAUUCCCGAUGCUGGAAAUGUAUAAAUGUUAUCUAUCCGUUCUUUAUCAUAUUGUUGUUGCUAUUUACCUAUACUUAUCAAGUAUUGGCUUGCCAAGGACGAUUGGAUGUAGAUGGGGCUGUUACUGUCAAUCCAUACCUUACUNCAUCCUUAGAUUCUGUGGUUACCAAUGAUACUAAUAGCCUGGAAACCUCAUCAGCAUUGACGGUAAUCAGGUCACCAGUUAUCCAGCUUUAUAAUGAUAAUGACUCCACUCCGCACUGUUAUCAUAUCUUCACAACGUAUAUUAUACCUGAUGUUUUACAUUUGAUUGCAUUUGUCAUGGGUUUAUGGAUAUUCCGUUUAUGUGAAAAUGAAGAGUUAAAUGCACUUAUUGAACAUGUUUAUCUUCAAGCAUCUCCUUUACAGACAGGAUCUAUUACCCAGGCAAACAUGAUUAGAUCUAUGAGGCUUAUUCUAAUACUUGGUGGUGUGUGGAUUGUAAGCACUUUGGUUCUUCAUGGUAUGUUUUUAGCUGCGUUUGAUAUUUUUAAUACUGUAGUCUUUGAUGUGUACUAUGGUAAUGUUUGGCACUAUGUAAUACUUGGGGUACAAGCUAUUGGUAUACUGGUAGUGAAUUCUAUUAAUACAGCUAUAGUCAUUAACUAUGCUGCACAGUGUGAAAUGUUAAUAUACUAUAUUGUCGCAUUAGACACUAGAUUGCAAGAAAAGUCAUCAGACUUGAGAGUUGUUAUGCAGGAUAUAUUGAGAGUAAGACAGUCAAUAUCAAGAUUGAAUGGUCCAAUUGCUAGAAUGACCUCAUUAUGUGUUGUAAACUUUGCUGAACUCACUGUCAUUGGUCUGUGUUUACUUAUUCUCAACAAAUUUACUGAGACAUUAGUAUGGCUAUAUAGAGGAUUUUUUGUUCUGGUUUGGAUUGUUUACUUAUUAUUUCCUUUAAUACAGGCAGCAAGACUGAAUUCUCAUUGUGAGCGAUUUAAGCAUGCUGCCCUCGAAGUCAGAGUAUUUGGUUAUCAAAAUUGUACUGUGGAAGACCUGGAUUCAUUUCUUUUAUUCUUGUCAUCAACUAAAUUCUCAGCCAAGUUAUUCCAUAUUCCUGUGAAGCCAUCCUAUUUACUUGGUAUUACUGUCUUAUCCACAUUUACAAUGCUUAUAUUGUUACAAACUGGUGUUAUAGGGGAAUCACAUUUAUUUUUUUGAAAUAUUGUUUUUAACAUUAUUUAGUUUUCUAGUAAUUUAUUUUAAAUGUAUGCCCUGAGUUGUUCACUCAAGUGUAAUAAUAAAGGGAAUUUAGUUAACAACAUAAUUAUGAUAUGACAGUACGUUUAGACUACAUCACAGAACCAAAC